AUGAGUUCACAACUUGAACAUAACAGUAAGUAUGGAAAUAGUAAUUACAACGGGAAUAACCAUAAAGAGGAAGGCCAUCAAGACAUAGUGCCGCCUAUCCCAAGGAAAAGUAAUGCAUGUAUUCAAUGUAGAAGAAGACAUGUUAAAUGUCCCAAUGGGAAUCCAUGCCUCCGAUGUGUGAAAAGUAAAUUACAAUGUGAAUAUUCGGAACCAUCCAGGAAAAUUGUCGUAUCAUUGAGUUACCUUCAAAAUUUACAAGAUUCUAUAAUUACUUUAAAAAAAAAUAAUCUGAAACUACAAUCGCAAUUAUCAACUUGCCAAAGGACACAUCCACCAUUAACAUCCACCUCAACUGUUUCCCCAACUUCAAUGAGUGAUUUGAAAAAAAUAUUAAACAGUGAUGAUGGUAGAAGUAGUAGUAGUAGUAACAACGAGAAUGACAAUGAUGAUAACUCUGGUUUUGCAACGCAUGAACAAUCAAGAUAUCUACCAGUAUCAAAUUUACAACAAGACUUAGCUAAUGAUGUCGUAUUUAAUAAUAAUACCGUACCCAAUGAUAUCAAUGCCGUGAACCAUCCAGAAUUGAUCUAUACUGACAAUACCUUCCGUGAUGACGACGACAAUAAGAAUGAACAAAUAGAAUCUUCAUUAUCACAAAGAAGUGGGAGAUUGGUGGAGACUCCCACGGGUCAAUUAUAUUUCGUUGGUUCCUCUUCAAUGACUUUAUUUGGUAUAGAAAUUCAAGCCUUAGCUUCCAAAUAUUUAAUCGAUAAGAAAGUUUGUAAACCAUUGCCGAUUAAUGAAAAGGAAGAAGAUGAACAGGAAAUUAUCAAAAUAAAUAAUAGCAAAAAAGAUGAAAAAAGCACAAACAAAAACCAGAAGAAGACUACACGUAAUCAAACUGGCUCCAUUGAAUCAAGAAAAUCAAAUAUAUUGAAGCAAAGACUAUCUUUAAUUUCUUCUUUAACUGAUCCAGUUGCUCACAUUGAAAAAAAUCUUGACAAUGAUGAUGCUGGAUCUAUAGCAAUCACAUUAACCUUUAAUGAGUCAUCAAUCUUGAAUGAUUCUGCUAAAGUCCAAUUCAAACUACCAUCAUAUCAAUAUUCUUUAUUGUUAAUCGAUACUUUCGUUGCAUACAAUGAUGGUUCGUUUUAUUUCUUCAAUGAAGGUAUAAUUAAAAAUGAAUUGAAAAUUAUUUAUAACCAUAACAGAAAAAAUGAAACAAACGGUAGAGUAUUCCAAAGUAACCUAUUACAAAGUAUUUGGUAUUGUAAAAUCUUAUUAAUUUUUGCUUUAGGUGAAAUGUAUCAUGGUACAAGGAACGAUUUGAAUGGUAACCUUCAAAAAAAAUCUUCAAAAUUACUGAGAUAUAAUAAUCUUCGAAAAAGAAGGAAACUAAACGACAACAACAACACAACGCCUACCCGUCAUCACAAUUAUAAGAAUAAUCUUUUACUUCUACAAAGUUCUAACUUACCUGGUUCUGAAUUUUUUAAUGAGGCCUCUAAAAUUUUUAAUUGCUUAUUUUCUAGUGAACAUCUUGAUUGUAUCACUAAGGAUGGUGGUGUUGAAGUUUUAUUAUUAUACGCAUUCUAUUUACAAGUUGCUGAUUGUACCGUAGCAUCAUAUUUUUAUUUCGGUCAAGCUUUAAGAACUUGUCUCAUCUUGGGGAUGCAUGUAGAUGCUCAAAGAGAUACAUUAUCUAGAUUCGAAUUGGAACAUCAUAGAAGAUUAUGGUGGACAGUUUAUAUGUUUGAAAGAAUGUUAAGUAGCAAAGCUGGCUUACCAUUGAGUUUCACAGAUAACACCAUAUCCACAGAACUACCUGAUAAUUUCGAUAUGAAUUAUCCUCCACCAGGUUGUGAACAUUAUAUUUUCCCUGAAGCUGAAUACAUUUCUAAUUGUGUUAAGAUUGUUCAAAUUAAUGCACAAAUCUUGAAUCAAUUAUAUCAAAGACAACCAGAUUCAAAUAUCUUACCAACGGUACAAAACAUUAUAACAAAAUUGUUAAAUUGGAGAAAUGAAUUAUCAUCAAAUUCACAAGUAGAUUUUAAUGUCCCAAAUUUGACAAUUUCAAGAUUAUCAACAAACCUUUUCACUGAAUAUUUCCAAGGGAUUAAUUUAGCAGUAAGGCCAUUGUUAUUCCAUUUCGUUUCCAUUCAAUUGAAAAAAUUUCAAAAUAAAAAUUAUAAUUCAUAUUUGAACUUACAAGAUUAUCCCAAUUCUAUAACGACUUUGUUAAAUUGUUCAUUACAAUCUUCAGUGAAUACAAUUAGAUCAUUAUGGCUAUUGAUGAAACAAAAUAUGUUAGCAUUAUUUGGUUAUAUGGAUCGAGAAUAUCUUUUCACUUCAUCUUGUACAUUAUUAUUAUUUAAUGCUACAUUUGGAAUUCAUGAACAAACUUCACAAUAUUUGGACCAAUCAUUGGAAAUAUUAACCAAGAUGCAAAUUUUGGGGAACAAUCCUGCUGGUUUAAGGAAAACACAAUUAUUAACUAUGAUGAUAAAUUUAGAUUUCCAUGGAAUAAUGAAGAAUUUAAUCUCUAAAUAUUCAAUUGAAGAUGAAUCAAUAAUCAUUGAAUAUGAAAAGAAUGAAAAUAUUUCAGUUCAUAAUAAAGAAUCUGAAAGUACAUACUCAAUCCCAAAGUUUUAUGAAAAUAUCUUAAACGGUAUGAUAGAAGAAAAUAACACAAGUACGAAUCAUAGUACGAGCCCUGCUUAUGAUGAUACUAAAGGGGAGCUGAACAGAGACGAAAAUAUUAUUGAUCUGCCUGUCGACUCGAAUGACGAUGGUACGAAAAUGAUGCAUACACCAUUGAUGAAUUCAAUUUCAAGAACAGCUUCAUUAGCUAAUUUAUUUAAUCCCUCGGUAGCGCCAAAUUAUCAAACAGAACCAUUAACUGAUAAGGGGAAUGAAAUUAUAGAACAAAAUGGUACUCAAUUAAGACCAACUAACUAUGUAGAUAAUGAUGAAUUGCAAGAAAUGUUAGAUAGUCUAGACCAAUUAAGCAACACAGAUAACAAGCUAUGGAAGGAAAUUUCAGAUCAAGCAAUGUGGUUGGGUGAUACAAUGGAUCCAACUGCUGCCGUAGGUUCUGAAUUAGACGUUAAGGAUUUUUUAAGUUAA